CAUGCAGCCGGACAGCUACUACCACAACUGGGACAACUCUGAGCAAGUGGAACUGACAGUGCAGGGAGCGAGCAGAGUAUCUUGGAGAGCCGGUAAAGCUCUUUGCCUCUCUAGCUUCAGCCAGGGGAAGGCCAAUGUGAUCCUGUAUGUCCUGCUGGCAAUUUGCAUUGCAGUGGCCACAGCUCUCAUCGUGGUGAACUUUGGGAAAUUGUCCAAGGGUCUUGCCGAAGCCCAGGUGGAUCGAGAUACUAUAAGAAGAGAUGCCAAGAGAAAUCUGUCACAUCACCAGGUCUAUCUAGAAUUGAAGAUGUCCAAAGAAUUCAACGUGUUUAACAGUCGACUUCUUAAUGUGUCCAAGGAGCUGGCUGGGGUUAGGCUGGGGAUCGAGGAGAUCCAAGCUGAGCACGUGAAAGACCAAUCACAUCUCCAGGACGCCAUAGAGAUAAGGAACCUAACGCACAGCACAUCGAAGGAGCUGGCUGAGGUGAGAAGGGACCAUGACAGACUCCAGGAGGUCUUGAGCAGGGUGCAGGAGGAGUUACGGGACAUCACAGAGAUAAAGAACCAAACGCAGAGUAUGUCGAAGGAGCUGGCUGAGGUGAGAAGGGACCAUGACAGACUCCAGGAGGUCUUGAACAGGGUGCAGGAUGAGUUACGGAACAUCACAGAAGUCAUCUGCACAAAAUGUCCACCUGGCUGGCAGCAUUUUGAGAAAAAAUGCUACUUCUUUUCAACAUCGCCUAAAUCCUGGUUGGAUGCUAAGCAGUUCUGUAUCAAUGAAGGCUCUCACCUGGUUAUUGUUAACACCAAACAGGAACAGAUAUUUUUGUCAAACCACAUCACUGAGCCGAACGUGUACUGGCUGGGCCUCAGCGACUCAGCGAAGGAAGGAGAGUGGCGCUGGGUGGAUGGCAGCCCCCUGUCUGUCAGGUUCUGGGGGCCUGGGGAACCCAAUAAUAUGGGGCAUCAAGGGGAGGACUGUGCCAGCCUCCGCUUCAACGGGAAGUGGAACGAUGCCACCUGCUCCUUGACUGAGCACUGGAUCUGCGAACGGCAGUGCUAG